AUGGCUAUGUGCAGUACGGGGGCUCCCCAGGGGACUGUAUUAGCACCGUUCCUGUUUAACAUCUACACCUCGGAUUUCAGAUACAACUCUGGCACAUGCCAUCUGCAGAAAUUCUCCGACGACACGGCCAUCGUGGGGUGUAUCAGGAAUGGGCUGGAGGCUGAAUACAGGAAGCUGGUUUCAGACUUUGUCGACUGGUGUACACUGAACAAACUUCAGGUCAACAUCAGUAAGACAAAGGAGAUGGUGGUGGACUUCAGGAAACUCAGACCUCCCCUGGCACCAGUCACUAUCAAUGGAGCAGAAGUGGAGGUGGUCGACACUUACAAGUACCUGGCUCAUUCCCAGAACUUACCUCCCACACCUCACUCCUCCCGGGACCACAACUACUGGAACCCCUCACAUCUAAUCCCGACCGGAACUUCACCUCCACACCGAGUGGAUCAGAUCAAUAAUCCCGGGACCGAGCGAGCUUUGUCCCGAUACACCGCGUUCUGUAGCGCGUCGCUCUACAGACGAUGUGAAGCGUAUCGAGAUCUUCAGAUCUUCACACCGUUCUGCUGCACUGAGCAUCAAGAACGUUACAGUGAAGGCAUGAAGUUCCUGCAGUCAUGCUCCAAAAUCAAACACAAUGCUUCCCAGAAGAGUGCAGGUUGUUACAGCAUGGUGCAUGAUGGGAUAUAUGAUCUUUCCAGGAUGUGUGAGGGGAACACCCCCCCGGAACCCCCGGAUCUCCCCGAUGUUCCCAGCAGCCCCACACUGCUCAGUGAGUCCACAGAUCUGUACAGUGAGACCGAGCGCUGGAGCCACGCCCGUACCAGCACCAGAAAACUGCACUACUGGGAGGAUUUCAGCUCUGAGCUCGUGGGGACUGGAUUCUUCUCAAAGGUCUACAAGGUGAUGCACAACACCACGAGGAAGGUGAUGGUGGUGAAGAUCUAUAAGAACCACGUGGAUCAGGAGAGCAUCGUGAGAGAGAUCAACCUCCUGCAGAAACUCUCCCAUCCUAAUAUAGUCAGGUAUUUGGGGGUUUGUGUGAGGGAAGAUAAACUUUAUCCCAUCAUGGAGUACGUGAGUGGAGGAUCUCUGGAGGAACUCCUGGCGCGUGACGACGUCCUGCUGAGCUGGAAGGAGAAGGUGGAGCUGGGGUGUGACAUCAGCAGAGGGAUGAACUACCUGCACUUCAGGAACGUUUACCACCGAGACCUCAACAGCAAGAACUGUCUGAUAAGACUGAGGCCGCGUGGUAGAGAGGCGCUGGUGACGGAUUUCGGUUUGGCCCGUGAGGUGGUGGAGCCGCCCCUGAACAGCCCUGACAGGAAGUUGUCCCUGGUGGGGUCGGCGUUCUGGAUGGCGCCUGAGAUGCUGAGAGGAGAAGCGUACGACCGUAAGGUAGAUGUUUUCUCUUUUGGAAUCAUGCUGUGUGAGAUCCUGGCCAGAAUUCCUGCUGAUCCUGAAGUUCUGCCCAGGACUCGGGAUUUCGGUUUGGACGUGGAGGCGUUCGGUGAGCUGGUGCAGGACUGUCCACAGCGGGUACUGGAACUGUCCACACGCUGCUGCCUAAUGGACGCGUAUCGCCGGCCGCCCUUUUCCGAGCUGCUGGACGAGCUGGAGGACGUCGCCGAGAGUCUGGAGCCACCGGACUGUCCUCUAACCUCGGGGUGACUGGGGUGUUCGAUCUGAAGGACCUGACAGGAGUCCUCGUCCGGUUGAGCCUGUGCUCCUCAUUUUCAGUCUUUGCUUUAGUGAUCAAGUCAGUAAUUGGGUGCCGACUUUAAAUCGAGGCCCUCGGUGGUGGUGAGACUGACUGGUGGUUCUAGAGGAGGAAAAUCUGAAACUGAACCCAAACUUCACCUAAGAGCUGCUCACUGCACCUGUAAUAAACUACAGUAGAAUUAUUUCUAUAGAAGAACCCUCGUGUGCUGUAGAGUCACACAAAUAUCUGAUUUUUCUACUUUGUUUUAUAUCAUUCGUUCCUUUUGAAGUUUCUCUUUGAAGAUCAAAGGUUUGUACAC